GGCAGCUGUAGGGCAGGGAACAAAAACACUCCGAAAACAUUCUUUGUUUACUCAUUUCUUUCAUCCCUCAGCUCUUUUGUUCUUACCUCGUCUCCAUAUAUUCAUCUGCUGGACUGCUGCAGAGCAGCUGCUAACCUGAGCCAAAUUAGACCUAACUGUCUUCAGUCGCUAUGGAUAUCUCCAUCCAGCAUCCCUGGUUCAGACGUGCCAUGGGCUCCAUAUACCCAGCCCGGCUCUUUGACCAGUUUUUCGGAGAGGGUAUGUUCGACUAUGACCUCUUCCCCUACACCACCUCCACCAUCAGCCCUUAUUACAGACAGUCGCUCUUCCGCAACAUUUUGGAUUCUUCUAACUCCGGCAUUUCCGAGGUGAGGUCUGACAGGGAUAAGUUCACAGUCUACCUAGACGUCAAGCACUUCUCUCCCGACGAGCUCAGUGUGAAGGUCACUGAUGACUACGUGGAGAUCCAGGGCAAGCAUGGAGAAAGGCAGGACGACCACGGUUACAUCUCCCGUGAGUUUCAUCGCCGCUACCGCCUCCCCUCCAGCGUUGAUCAAUCAGCAAUCACCUGCACCCUGUCAGCCGAUGGUCUGCUAACCCUGACCGGGCCGAAGGUCACAGGGGGGAAUGAAUCUGGCCGCAGCGAGCGCACCAUUCCCGUCACCCGUGACGACAAGCAAAAUGCGGCUGUGUCCUCCUAGAGGCCAAAUGGUAGAGGAUGAAGUGGAGGUUCUAGAAGGAUAUCGGCCACCCCACUUCCUAACAAUCUGCAUCAACCACAGACCUUUCCACUUUUCCUUAGAGGAUAUUUGUGUCCUCUUUACUUCACUGUAGUUUUAUCUUAGUGCACUCAUACAGUAUUAUUAGUAUCAUUGUAAUGAGGAAAUCAGCCCAGGUGGAUGUUUAAGGGAACAGUUAUUUGAGGACAAGAUUUGACACCUCAUUGUAGUGACUGUUGUUAUUCCCUGAAAGUACAGGUGGUUGGGUUAAGCUUUAAGGUAAACGUCUCAAACGUGGAACCAAAAGUUCCACCGAUAAACUUCUCUGAGGCCCUAGCUGCUUCCAUUCUUGUGCUGACUCUCCUCUUUUGUCUAUCCAUUACUCUAGUGUAGGUCUUGUUAAGUGAACACCUGCUCAUUGCUGAGAAGUCUUUACUGUAGAAGCAUACAAUAAAGCUGUACAACUAAAAAAAUA